UCUUCAUUUUAGCAAUGGCUUUCAUACCCAAUGCCCUAACCACCAACAUCACUAUUGAUCAAUCAUCUCUUCUUUCUUUAAAAUCUUACCUCAACUUAAGCGACGAUCAUAUCUUGGCACAGAGUUGGUCAACCAAUAUCUCUGUUUGCAAUUGGAUUGGAAUUUUCUGUGGAAAAAGACAUCAGAGAGUGGUUGCCUUAGACAUAUCUGAUAUGGGUCUUGUUGGUACCCUUCCUCCACAACUAGGUAAUCUCUCAUUUCUCCUUCAUCUUGACAUUAGUUUCAACUAUUUUUAUGGGAACUUGCCUAGAGAGUUAAUCAAUUUACGCCGAUUACGACACAUAAAUUUUAGUUACAAUAAUUUUAGUGGGAGAAUCCCGAAAGAGAUUGGCAAUCUUAAAAAUGUUAAAUUAUUAAUAUUGGAAGUCAACCAACUUGAUGGUAUUAUACCCUUCACCAUCUUCAACAUUUCCACAUUGCAAUUUUUGCUACUUGGAAAUAAUAGCUUGUCUGGAUCCCUUCCUAUGAACCUAUGCCAACAUCUUACAAGGCUCGAAGAGCUUGUUCUGUACUUCAACAAGUUGAAUGGUAAUAUUCCAAGGAAUUUAUCAGCAUGUUUGGAACUUAAAGUAUUGGCGUUGGCUUACAACGAUUUUACUGGGACGAUUCCGAAGGAGAUUGGGAGUUUGAAUAUGCUUCGAGUUUUAUACCUCGGAGGCAACAAAUUGGAAGGAAUAAUUCCCCAGGAGAUUGGUAAUCUUCAAAGACUAGCUGAGCUUGAAAUCAGCUACAACCAUCUAACAGGAGCAAUACCUGAAACAAUAUUUAAUAUUUCUCAACUAACUUCUAUCAGUUUAUUAAGCAAUAGCUUGUCAGGUCCUCUCCCUCCAAACAUGUGUUCACAUUCUCAGAAGCUUGAAGAAAUUUUCUUGGAGAUAAAUAAGCUAAAUGGCAAUAUUCCGACGAGCAUAGGCAAAUGCUCUAAGCUUAAAUUCCUUUUUAUGUGGGGGAAUCAACUAAAUGGGUCUUUGCCAAGACAAAUUGGAAAUUUGACAAUGCUAAAGAAAGUUGAUCUUGGUGUAAAUGCCUUGUUAGGUGAAAUACCAAAAGAGUUGGGCAAUCUCGAAGAACUGGAGGAACUCAAGUUGGAUAUGAAUGGAUUGCGUGGUUCCAUUCCAUGGGAAAUUUUCAAUGUCUCAACACUUACGAUACUAUCACUCACAUCAAAUUAUAACCUUUCAGGAACUCUUCCAUCCUCUUUGGGUUAUUGGCUUCCAAGUUUAGAAGAACUGUACCUUGGGAUGAACAGUAUUAGAGGAGUUAUACCAGCCCAAAUCUCAAAUGCUUCCAAUCUUGUUGUUCUUGAACUUAGCCAAAACCAAUUCACAGGCUUCAUUCCAAACUCCCUCGGAAACUUACCACAACUUCAUCUGUUAUCCAUGUAUUCUAACAACCUAACAACUGAUGCCCAAUUUAGCCUUAUCACUUCAUUGGCAAACUGUAGAUAUCUCCAACAAUUGUCGCUGUCAUUUAACCCUUUAAACACCCUCCUCCCAAAUUCAAUAGGAAACCUCUCAACCACUCUGGAAGUAUUCUUCAUUAGAGAUUGUACCAUCCGGGGACCAAUUCCAAAUGAGAUUGGCAAUUUAAGUAACUUGUACGAUUUGAGUCUAGCAACCAAUGAUAUUACAGGAUUUCUACCCACAACCAUUCGGGAUCUUCAGAAUCUUCAGAGAUUCAUUUUGUCAGAGGAUAGAUUAAAAGGAUCAUUUCCAGAAGUGCUGUGUCAACUACGGAAUUUGGGUAUGAUAGAUUUAACCAAAAAUAAAUUUGCAGGCCCAAUCUCGGAUUGUUUAGGGAAUGUUUCUACCCUAAGAGAAAUCUAUUUCUCUCAAAAUGAAUUCAUAGACCUCCCUCGAAACCUAUGGAACCUUGAAAAUCUUUUGAGGCUCCAUUUGCGUUCUAAUAACUUACACGGUUUUCUACCUCAGGAAAUCGGGAAUGCAAAGACAGCAAUACUUAUUGAUCUCUCAAACAAUAAGCUGUCUGGAGAAAUUCCGAGUACUAUUGGAGGCUUAACACAAUUGAUGCAUUUUUCAGUGGCUCAUAAUAGACUCCAGGGUUCUAUUCCUGACAAAUUUGGCAAACUCCUGGAUCUAAAUUCUUUGGAUCUUUCUCAUAAUAAUUUCUCCGGAAUGAUUCCCAAGUCAUUAGAGGGACUAGUAAGCAUGAAAUAUUUCAAUGUUUCAUACAACAGAUUAACCGGAGAAAUUCCGAGUGGAGGCCCUUUUGCCAACUUCACUUAUGAAUCAUUCUUGGGAAAUGAUGGUCUAUGCGGUACUCCUGGGAUGCAUGUCCCACUUUGCCCAGCCAAUACUUUGCAUCCAUCAAAGAAGAACAGAGUGGUUAUGUAUGUACUUGUCUCCUUGGCAGUUCUUGUAGUGUUAAUUACCUCUGUUGCUGUAUUUUUUAUUUUGAAGAGGCAUAGGAGGAAGGUUCCCUGUGAACCUGGCUUGCUGUUGGCAUUGAUACCAGCAAGAUUUUCAUACUACGAACUCCAACGGGCAACCAAUGGAUUUGAUGAAAGCCACUUGCUAGGUAGUGGAAGCUUCGGAUCAGUUUAUGAAGGGAUUUUAACAAAUGGGAUGCACGUAGCUGUCAAGGUUUUUCAUUUGAUACAUGAAGAUGCAUGUAGGAGUUUUGACAUUGAAUGUGAAGUUUUGCGCAACAUUCGUCACAGAAACCUCACAAAGGUUCUUGGCUGUUGUACAAACUUGGAUUUUAAAGGCUUGGUGCUAGAGUACAUGCCUAAUGGGAGUCUACACAAAUGGUUAUAUUCUCACAAUCAUUUCUUGGAUAUGAUACAAAGAGUGAGUAUAAUGAUGGAUGUGACAUCUGCAUUGGAAUAUCUCCACAAUGGUUAUUCCGAGCAUGUUAUUCAUUGUGACUUGAAACCCAACAAUGUCUUAAUGGAUAUUGACAUGGUUGGUCAUUUGAGUGACUUUGGUGCUGCAAAGCUCUUAGUUGAUGGGAAUUCCACAGCCUUUACAAAUUCCCUUGCAACAAUUGGUUAUAUUGCCCCAGAGUAUGGGCAGGAGGGUAUUGUUUCCACUCGCAGCGAUAUGUACAGUUAUGGUAUCAUGUUGCUUGAAGUUUUUACUAGGAAACAACCCGGAGAUGAAAUGUUCAAUGAAGAUUUAAGUUUGAGGAGUUGGGUGCAAAAUGGUAUUCCGACCAAAAUAAGUGAGAUUAUAGAUCCCAACUUAAUUGGACCAAAUGAAGACAAAUAUGAUGAAAAAUUGCAGUGUGUGUUGGCUAUGUUUGAGCUGGGCAUGAAAUGUUCAGUAGAAUCCCCCCGAGAGAGGAUGACCAUCAAAGAUGCCUUAAUAGCAUUGGGAAAGAUCAAAGUCCAACUUCUUUCUUUGUAUGCCAGAACUUAAAGUGGUAUUCAUUGUAUCUUACUUGAGAAUGGAAGUUAAAUGCGACAUCCAGUUCCUUUUGUAUCUUA